GAAGAAUCACCGGUUUUGUAUGUGUUACUUUGACAUUUACGAACACCGCAUCGAAUACAUAAAAAUAUCAAACAAAAUCUACAUUGUAUUGUGCUAAGGUCUUCUUCUAAAUAUAUUGCAGAAUUUUUUUUUUAAAUUUAUAUUCGGGCCACUUAGUGGAAAACGAAUACUGUGAAGUCUAAUUAGUUUGAUAAAAAUCAGUUCAAUAUUAAAAUAAGAGCAUCAAAAUGGAUACAAACGUUGAAAAUUUGGAGUUGAAUCAAGAUGAGCUAAUUAUACAGCAACAACGCCAAAUCGAAAAAGAAAUUUGUGAUACAACCCCGUUUGUUAGUGAACUACAAGAUCUGUCAGUUUUGGACAAUGAGUAUACAGAUGACCCGAUUUAUAGUUCAAAAUUAAAAUAUUUGAAAUCGAAGUACAAGUCGAUCAAGAAAACUCGACCGGAUGGUAAUUGCUUUUUUCGAGCAUUUGCCUAUGCCUAUUUAGAGUAUUUGGUUAAAAACCAAAACGAAUAUGAACCAUUUCGCAAACUGUCUGAAGAAUCAAAGGAUCGCCUUAUCAAAUUGGGCUUUCCACAAUUCACACUCGAAGAUUUUCAUGAUACCUUCAUGACUGUAAUUCAGCAAGUGGCACCGAAUGACAAUCAAGAGGAAACGCUUAAAGAAUUGCAUCGACUAUUUAACGAUCAAGGCCAUUCUGACUAUGUGGUCGUUUAUUUGCGCUUGAUGACAUCGGGCCAAUUGCAAGAGGGUGCCGAAUUCUAUCAGAAUUUCAUCGAUGGCAAUUGCACAAUGGAAGAGUUUCGACACCAAGAGGUCGAACCGAUGUACAAAGAAAGUGAUCACAUUCAUAUUAUUGCUCUUUGUACCGCAUUAAAUGUGGGUGUACGCGUUGAAUAUAUGGAUCGAGGUGAAGCAGAAGGUGGUCAGGUGACAGCCCAUGACUUUCCCGAUGGUCUCAAACCAAAAGUUUAUCUCUUAUACCGGCCAGGACAUUACGACAUUCUCUAUCCCAACUAAUUCUCUUUUUUACAAUUCUCUUAAUACACCAAACCAUUUUUUAUCAUUUAAAAUUCGUUGCAUGCCUUCUGAGUAUUUCAUAGAAAAAAAAAAACAGAAUUCAUCAACAAUUUAAAAAAAAACC